AUGGUUGUCCCUAAAGCUAAAGUACCGGAUGUUCUACAGCUGUACCAUAAUGAUUGUUCAGGAGGAGGAAGAGGAGUUAAACGAACUCUACUGAAGAUCCGAGAACGGUUUUACUGGGUCCACUAUCGUGACAAUGUCGAGGACUGGUGUCGCAAAUGUACAAGUUGUGUGGCUGUAAAUGGACCUCAGGCUCGUAGUAGAGGUGCAUUGAAACUGUACAAUGUUGGUGCACCAUGGGAGAGGACAGCCCUUGACGUUGCGGGGAAGUUUCCGGAAAGUGAAAGUGGUAACAAGUAUUUCGUGGUUGUGACAGAUUACUUCACUAAGUGGCCAAGCACAUACAACCGUUUUGUUGUCAUAUCGAAGCGCUGUUCACGAAAGUACAUCAGUGACACCAGCUUUUGCAAACUUUUGAACAGAAUUACGGCUGCUUUCAGACCUGAUCACCGGAAUACCACCUGA